AACUGACGGCGACCUAGGAAGGGGAAGAAGGGCAUGGCAGCGGCGAAUCUAGAGUCGGCGGCAGAGGACGAAGAGAAAGAGCCGCCGAAGGUUGGAGGUUUCAAAUCUUUCCAGUUCUCGUCCACCUCCAAGGCUGAAGAAGGCAUGGACGAUGGAGACCUGCACUCAAUCUUCACGGGAAUCGACCCUAUUUUCCCUCAUUUGAUGGGUCUCGACUGUCGCCGCCUUCUAAUCGGCGGAGGCGACAACUUCGGCGGAGAAUGAGAGUGUAGUGGUGCAUGUCUGGUUGGGGCACUGAGGUUGGGAUUGGGGAGAUUGGGACGACGAUGUCGAGAUUGAAGGACGAGGUGGGGAGGCCAGAUCUGGUAGAGGUCGAAAAGCUUCUGGAUGGGGCGAGCAGAGGGUGUCCUUUAGCCUUCUAUUUCAUUCGACGGUUACUUAUCGGUGCACCGAGUUUUCUCGGUUAGCCACCGUCGGUUUCCGGUUAUGGAUAUUGCCUGAAAAUGACAACCGACGCCGACAACGAACACAAAUAAUCGAUUUCGAUUAAACCGACUAACCGCGGAUUUCGGUUCGGUUUUUGGUUUUACUGAAUAACCGGCGACCGAUUAACACCCCUAUAAAAUUUUAGAAUUUGA